UAGAACAUGUUUGAUUAUUGAUUAUGAUUUUUCCCCCAGUUAUAAAAAAUAUUGGCUUAAUCUAAACCUUCAUCUUGUAUGUUGGAUCUGAUCUCAGUCAUUUAAAGAAACGUUGCCUUUGAUUCCUGUUUCCAUUGUAGACAAAAAAUCUAAAGCUUUUAUAGUAGCUGUAAUUAAACCUAUAUUUAGAAAUAUUCCCUCAAUCAAGAGGAUUUAAUAAAUUAUCUAAUCUCCAUUUAUUAUCUAGAAUCCUUGAGAAAAUACUUGUCUUGUUAGAUCUCAGAGCUUCUUUGAACAGUUGAUCACAAUAAUCUUAGAAAUGUCUAAACAUGCUGCAGGGAUCAAGGGAAAAAGCCCUGAGCAAGUUUAAAUCUUAUUCAUUCAGAAUCGUGUUUUACAUUUAUUAUAUAUCUAAUAUUCUAUCAGACAUUAAAGCAUCUUAAUUUAUAAUAUUUCUAACGGCCUCUAUCCACAUGAUGUUAUAUAAUCCAACAGUCCUUAUUUAACUUGAUCAUAUUUCAAUGAACGUUUCAGAGCCUCAAAUUCAGAGGCAUUAUUUUCCCUCCUGAUGUUGGUCGGUAGGUGGCGCCAAAGGGAAGGUCCAGACCGAGUAGGCCAAGGUAAACCCCCUGUCUUCUAACACGUCCGGAGGACUGCUACAAACCCUGCAGAACCCGCUGUGGACUCAUUACUCCAGAGAACCACCGCAGUGUCACAAUGAGCGGACGAGGCAAAGGAGGGAAAGGUUUGGGCAAAGGAGGCGCCAAGCGCCACCGUAAAGUCCUCCGCGAUAACAUCCAGGGAAUCACCAAGCCGGCCAUCCGCCGUCUGGCUCGCCGCGGGGGAGUCAAGCGAAUCUCCGGCCUCAUCUACGAGGAGACCCGCGGGGUGCUGAAGGUGUUCCUGGAGAACGUGAUCCGUGACGCCGUUACGUACACCGAGCACGCAAAGAGGAAGACCGUCACCGCCAUGGAUGUGGUGUACGCUCUGAAGAGGCAGGGCCGCACUCUGUACGGCUUCGGAGGUUAAACUCAGCCCGGUGAUUACAGCGAACCAAAGGCCCUUUUCAGGGCCGAACCACCACUGCUGCUUCUGGGGCAAAGAUGCUUGAUUCAGUCACCAAAGUCUUGAGCUUUUUCAGUUAAAUAAAUUGAAAUUAAUCUAAACGUGUUGACUGAAAACCCUAAGAGUUUGAUUUAGAUACAUGACGUCAUGUAUGAAAGUUAAUGUAUAUAUUUAUAAAUAGUAGUUAGAAUCUGGAAAAUCACCUGGUGUGUGGAGACCAGUUCAAGUAGCUGAACAUUCAUGUUAAAAGGACUUUAUACUUUUUUGCAGUUACUCUAAACCCUGUCAUGUUUCAGAUUUUUAGACCUAAAGACACUAAAGUUUUCAUAUUAAACAUGGAAGUUUGUUUCAUUAACUCGCUUGUACAGCAGUUGGUUGGUUUCAAUUAAAAUUACUGGUUAAGAAUAAAGAAAUCCUGAUAAAUGUA